AUGCUGGGCCUGAUCGCCACGGUGGCGGACGCCCACAUCUUCGACUACGCCAAACUGGCGAAUUACACGCGACUGCUGGGCUUCACGCCGAGCGAGGCGAGCAACGAGCUCUGGCUCGGCAUCAUCAAGGACUGCAGCAAGCGAGCGAGCUUCUCCUGCAUACAGAAGAACGCCUACGACUAUCUGGACCGGACGCUCGCCGAUCGCGACAACAUCACCGUGUUUGACAGUCUGACCCUGUACAAGAACGAUCUGAGCUACUGCGAGGAGGAUGCUUGCGAGCCAUCGAGGAACGUGAAGAAGGACAAGGCGGAUGACAGUCCGCAGGACAAUUUGAUCGACGACGACGAGAAGGAGAGCAGCGGUAGAAAGAGCAGAAAGUUGAAGGAUAAAGAGGAUGAGGAGGAUGACGGUGAAUACAAGGCGCCGCUGGAGGAGGUGACUCACGCCUUGAGAAAGAAGACCAUCAAGUUCCUGGCCACGCGCGACUACGACAUACAGCUACCCGGAUUCAUCGCCGACGGGGUGAACAUGAAGAUAAGUCCGCGAGAGAUCGACGCCACCGGGGCGCUGAUAAGGAUCGACUUCGGCGGCAGAGCACUGGAGCCAAAGGAGGAGCAGUCGUCGGGACGCAUAUUCAUACUGAAAAAAAUCAAAAAACAAAUCCAGAACAAGAUCUUCGGGGCGAUCCUCCUGCUGAUCCUCCUCAUCAAGAUCAUCAAGCUCAAGUUCAUGUUCGUGAUUCCGUUCCUAUUCGGCGUGGGCACCGCCAAGAAGCUCUUCCUCAAGCUGCUGCUGUUCUUCGUGCCGGCCUUCGCGCACGUGUUCAAGCUCUGCUCGAGCUACUACUCCACCGUCAAGCAUCAUCAUCACCAUCAUAACAAGGUCGCUCACCAUCAUCACCACUUGCCGGUCCCGGUGCCGGUCUACCACAAGCCCGCGCAGGUCUACUACGAUCAUCCGCCCGUGGCGCCGCACGACGACGGCGGCCCCAUCAUCCUCGACGAGAACUUCCAGGGCUACGACUACGCCCAUCCGCACAUACAGUAUCGCAAGGACAUGGAGGAGCUCAAGGAGUGGGGCAUCGAGACGGGCUACGAGGAGGGCCAGGACGACGACGACGCGCAGCCCGAGGAGGCCGCGGGCGUCGUCUAUCACGGACCACCGCCGCCCGGAACGAAAAUGGGUAGUGGCUCGAAGGUGCCGCCGCUGCCGCCGUUCGUCAUGCCACCCGCGAUGUUCGGAAGGCCGUUCCCCGACAAGAUCUCCAACAGUCUGGCCUACGGGGCUCACGCGCCCAACAACAGACUGCCGCCCGGUGUGUUGCCGGCACCGUCUGGGCCAGUGGUCGCGGCAGGAGGAGUGCCCGCGAUCUUCGCGACGCCUUACCAGCUGACACCUGCGAAACCAGUGCAGAAGCAGCAGCAACAGCAGCAACAGCAACAACCGCAACAAUUAAAGAAUCAACAUCAGCAGCAUCAGCAGCAUCAGUCAAAGAUCGACCAGCAAGUGCAACCUACUGUUAUAGGCUCCGGAGCCGUGGCGAUGCCGAUGACGCGCACGAAGCAGUACGACGACAAGUUCUUCGGGCCGAUCGUCGAGCGCCUCGACGAGAUCUUCGCCCAGCUGCGAUUCACCGAGGAGCAGUGCCGCGAGAGACUAGUCUGCAGCAUGUACAAGAAUCCGGCCCAGUACACGCCGCACAGCAACCUCGUGUCCAACGAGCUAUCCAGAGAUGUGCAAGAAUUGCAGCAGGGAAAUUCGCGCUCGGAAUCGAGUCGGCGCUUCUAUCGAUACUUCAACGCGGCGCGAUUGGGUCAAGAUAGAGGCGACUGCCUGAGGACGUAUCACUGCGCCAUCAAGACGGAAUGA